ACUCACCAGUCGCAACAACAUCUAGCAAUCCACUUGACCGCGAAUCCCCGAACUUCACACGAAUAACGCCCUUGCCUCUCCAAUCACUCCAGCAGCCAGAGCCGCAUCUAGCGCAAUGCCACUCUUCCGCGAUGAACACAUUCUCAUAAUCGCACCCGGCUCACAAACCACACUUGCGCAACUGGGCCUGCCGGAAUCGUUCACGCCGCCGAAGUUCCGCUUCCCGUCGCGGAUGUUCCCCGGCAUCGACGAGGGCACGUGGAUAUUCACGAAGGUGCGCGAGGCGCGCGACGGCGAGAAGGAGGAUCUGCUGGCGCAGGCGAAGGGGCUGCAGAGUGGCGAGGACGAUGCGGAGCAGGGCGAUGAUGACGAUGACGACGAUGAGGAGGAGGGCGAGGCGAAGGAGGGCGGGACGCCCGCGACCGCGGGGCAGGGUGCCGAUAAGAAAGAUGAGCCCGCGGCCCAGGAGGAUAUGGAUGAGGAUAUGGGUGAGGAUAUGGGUGACGGGAUCUAUGUCGAGGAUGAGGGCGAUGAGGAGGGCGCUGUCUGGUGCAUGAAGGAGGGAAGGGUCAUAGAUUGGGGUUGUUUCUUUGCCCUACUAACCUACGUGCACGAAAUGGUCAAUCCCACAUUCCACACGCCGAUCCUACUCGUCCAUCCUCCCGAGUUCACACUGGAAGAUAAGCAGCUCCUUACGCAGUUCAUGUUUGAGAAGCUCAAGACUCCCGGGUUCGCGCUGAUGGACUCGGCGGUCACAUCGUUGUGGGCGUACGGCCUGGCAACAUCUACCAUCAUCGACGUUGGCUUCGAGAAGACCGAUGUCACACCGGUAGUCGACUUCCUGAUUCAACGCCGUGCGAGGAAAACAGUCUACGGGUGUGGCGGAGAGACCAUGACGAAGCACUUGUGCUCCCUGCUUCCAGAUAUGAAGCCCGAGCAUGUCGAAGCACUCAAGAAGUCGCCGAUAUGUGAAAUCCUUCCCCUCGGUACGCCGAUUCCUGGGUGCAAGGACGGAGAGACAUCCCUGGGCAUCCGUAUGCCACAUAUUGCCAUCACAAAGAGUACGGUGGAUGAAACCGACGCACUGGUCAGCGAAGAAGACGGAACUGUCAACGUCGCCGCGAUUGUUGCGUCCGGCAAGACCCACGAGUUCCUGGCGAAGCGGGAACAGGCACUCCAAGGAGAGGCGGAACGGAAGCUCCCCAACCGGGACAGAGAAGUUAGUACCUUCUGGGUUAUGGAUAAGAAGCUUCCCGGCGAAGAGGACGAAACGCUAGCGCCUAGCGCCAGCGCCCUAUCCUCUCCCACAACCACCAAAGCCCCAGAGUUGCCCUCUCCCACCACCGCCGCAGCCGUCCCUGAGCCACCACAACCCUCUGCGGCGUCCGACUCGGACGAAGUUGACCCGGAGGCCGAAAAACGUUUCCAAGAAACCUCUAAGCAAGCACAGGAAACGCGAGCACGGGCCGAAGGCGUAGUACUCCGCUCGGACGAAAUCUGGCGCGAGCUUUCCGUUGGUCACCAACGAUUCCGAGCUGCCGAAUGCGGCAUCCUCAGUCGUAUAGCCGACGCAGUGUACGACUCCAUUUCCCGGGUCGAAGAGGUCUCCAAGCGUGCCGACCUCUGGGACUCCCUCAUCAUCGUCGGCAACGGCGCGAAGCUCCGCGGCUUCAAGGACGCGCUUCUACAGAGCAUCUCGGCCAAAUACCUGAUCCCGCCGAGCUCCGGCACCAUCUUUUCCUCGGAGCUGCCGACCCCCACCGCCACCGGCGCUAGUACGCCGAUGGCCCCUGGCCCCAGCGCGCCGCCUGCCAGCGGCCCCAAUCCGCUCCUGGUCGCUGCCACCACCCACCACCAGCAAGUGCAGCACCACUACCACCCCGAGCGCCACAGCUCCCAUGGUCAAACCCCGCUGAGCAUCAAGUUGGCGAAGAUGCCGGAUUACUUCCCGGAGUGGAAGGAGGCGGGCUUCGAUGAGGCAGCGUUUCUGGGCGCCCAGGUCGCUGCUAAGGUCGUCUUUGUCGUCGAUCAGGGCGCCAAUAGGGGGUUCAUGAGUAGAGUCGAGUAUAAUGAGCUGGGGCCCGAGGGCGUCACGGAUGUGUUUAUGUAGUGUAGAUUGCGUUUUGCGGUGGGGGUUUCGAGGGGUUGUAGGUUGGGAAGGGGCGAUGUUGGAUACCAGAAUAGAGUGUUGACGUUGAAGUACCUAUUCACGCGGAC